UUACCUCCCUAAGCGCCGAGCGGAGCAGGCGGCGAGCGCCGAAACGGCACGGAGCCGCGGAGCCGCGAGCAGGAGGCGGGCCUGGCCAGGCCGGGACCAUGGGCGGUGAGCGCGGCACGGGCCUCGGCCGGGCUGGUCGCCUUGAGGCUGAGGGGUGUGGAGGCUUGAGGGCAUGUUCCCGAUUUGAGGUGAAACCAUGAAGAGGAGAUAGAACAAAUAAUAAUGCUUUUCCGCAACCGCUUCUUGCUGCUGCUGGCCCUUGCUGCGCUGCUGGCCUUCCUGAGCCUCAGCCUGCAGUUCUUCCACUUGAUCCCGGUGUCCGUGGCUAAGAAUGGAGUGAGUAGCAAGAGCCGAAAGAGGAUCAUGCCCGACCCCGUGACGGAGCCGCCCGGGACAGACCCGGUGUACGAAGCUCUCCUGUACUGCAACAUUCCCAGCGUGGCCGAGCGCAGCAUGGAAGGUCACGCUCCCCAUCAUUUUAAGCUGGUCUCAGUACAUGUGUUCAUUCGACAUGGGGACCGAUACCCACUGUAUGUCAUUCCCAAAACGAAGCGACCAGAAAUUGACUGCACUCUAGUGGCUAACAGGAAACCUUAUCACCCUAAACUGGAAGCGUUCGUUAGUCACAUGUCAAAAGGACCCGGAGCCUCUUUCGAAAGCCCCUUACACUCCCUGCCUCUCUUCCCCAAUCACCCGCUAUGUGAGAUGGGAGAGCUCACCCAGACAGGAGUCGUGCAGCAUCUGCAGAAUGGCCAGCUGCUGAGGGACAUCUAUCUCAAGAAACACAAACUCCUGCCCAGUGACUGGUCCCCAGACCAGCUUUACUUAGAGACCACUGGGAAAAGCCGGACGCUGCAGAGCGGACUGGCCCUGCUUUAUGGCUUUCUCCCAGAUUUUGAUUGGAGGAAGAUUUAUUUCAGGCACCAGCCCAGUGCUCUCUUCUGCUCCGGAAACUGCUACUGCCCAGUGCGGAACCAGUAUCUGGAAAAGGAGCAGCGUCGGCAGUACCUCUUACGCUUGAAGAACAGCCAGCUGGAGAGGACCUAUGGGGACAUGGCCAAGAUUGUGGACGUCCCCACCAAGCAGCUCCGAGCUGCCAACCCCAUAGACUCCAUGCUGUGUCACUUCUGCCACAACGUCAGCUUCCCUUGCACCAGAAAUGGCUGUAUUGACAUGGAGCACUUCAAGGUGAUCAAGACGCAUCAGAUUGAGGACGAGAGAGACAGGCGGGAGAAGAAACUGUAUCUGGGGUAUUCACUCCUGGGCGCCCACCCCAUCUUGAAUCAGACCAUCGGCCGCAUGCAGCGUGCUGCCGAGGGCAGAAAGGAAGAGAUCUUUGCCCUGUAUUCUGCUCAUGAUGUCACCCUGUCACCAGUUCUCAGCGCCUUGGGCCUGCUGGAAGCCAAGUUCCCAAGGUUUGCAGCCAGGCUGAUCUUCGAGCUCUGGCAAGACAGAGAGCAGCCCAGGGAGCAUUCUGUGCGGAUUCUUUACAAUGGUGUCGAUGUCACAUUCCACACCUCCUUCUGCCAGGACCACCACAAGCGUUCUCCCAGGCCCAUGUGCCCCCUUGAAAACUUGGUCCGCUUUGUCAGAAGGGACAUGUUUGUGGCCCUGGGUAGUGGUACUACCAAUUAUUAUGAUGCAUGUCACCGGGAAGGAUUCUAAAAGAUACCCAGUCCAGCACUUACAGAAUCUAUGCUGAUACAGAGGGAUGGGAAAGGUACGCCUCUAGUUCAGUCCUUUGCUAAGGGUACAAGAUGAUCGAUGUUCAAAGGCAUCAUGCGUGAGAGCCACGGAGAUGGUUUGGGUUGAACAGUAAGUGUGUUUUUGAGUUCAGGUACAUGAGUUACUUGAUACACAAUAGCCGAUCCACAGAGAACUUUAUCACAGCCAGAUUGCACUCACAAUGCCAGGAUAUUUUAAUGCUCACAGUUGCCAACCCAGAUAUGUAUUCCUUUGAUCUGCCAUGGCCCUUUCUGUAUGAUGGAACCAGCAAACCGCAGCCCAGACGUUCUUCAUCUGGGACCACCUCACCUUGUCCUCGUUCAGUGCAAACUUUCCCAAAAUGAGUUACGUAAAAUAGGGCUUGGCCCUGUUUUAGUUUCAGUUUCCUGAAACUUUUCCAGGAAAGGGCAAGGUAGUAAAUAUUUAGACUGUGCACCAAAAGGCCACAUACAGUCUCUGUCAGAGCCAUUUCUGCUCUUGUCAUGUGAAAGCAACCACAGCCAGUACGUCCCCUAAGACAGGCCACGGGGCAGGCUGGCCCCUGGGCUGUAGUUUGCUGAGCCCUGACCUGAAAGACAGGCUCUGCUAUGAUUGCACACAGAGUACACUCUCUGAGAGCCGGCUGGGUAUCACGAAUUGUGCUGUGCUGUGGCGCCUCCAGUAACCUCUGCCAGAAACACAGAGUUUGGUCUGUACGACAACAAAACAAAGGGAAAACGUUGAACCGGAAGGAAUCGCAGAAGAAUAAUUAUAAUACUACUUGAUGUCCAUGAUGAUUGUGGUAUAAUUUUAAGGAUGUUUAAAUAUUUGUCUGCUAUAGUCUAUUUGCUGUAUAUGCUGAAAUUUUUGUAUUCCACUUAGUAUUUUUAUAGUCUAGGAAAAUAUUUUCUGAGACCAGUUUUAGGUGUGUUCUUAUUCCUAUGUAGUAUUCAAUUUAUUGUACCCGGUUGGCAUUUAGAAGGGAGCUAGAAGCUGAAUUGAGGCACUUUCUUCCAAUAAAAUGACUUAUGAUUCAUUCCCUUGGACAAGCUGUAGAAUUGGAUCAACUUUUAAACCAUCUCUUCGAGUUUCAAAAGGUAAAUUCUACUUGAUUUUUAAGUAACUUUUUGGAAGAACUUUGUUACUAGAUAGUUAAAUCAUCUUUACUGGGUAUUUUAUACAGUAGAAGCAAUUACCAUCGAAUCUGUGGUUUCUGAGCAAACGGUGCUAGUUCUGUCGGGAGACCUGUAAUGUGCAAGUGAGAUGCUCCGGUGUUGUCGUAUCCAAUCUUUUCGUUUUCAUCCCGUGCUGCGUUUAAAUACAUCUCUGUUUCUAUUAAUAAAUUUUUGAUGAAUA